CAACAACAUCGCCAGCUUGACCACCACUGGCCAGCAAACAACCAACGUCCAUCACGACUCCGAUCACGCACCGCGUUCGACCGCUACAACCCGGCUCCUUUCAACGCCAUCGCCAGCCGCUGUCCGUACCUGCUGCUGCUCCCCCGUUCGCCCAUUCGCAGCUUACAACGUCACCGCCCAUCCCCGCCAUGCACCAGCCCAUAGCACCUUGAUCUAGCCGCUCUCCUUUCCCUCCCCCCGCCCGUCACGGAGACAUCACCAAGACCCUCCCCUCGCAAUUCGAUAGUCCGGCUUCCGGCAAGCAUCGCCACAAAUGUCGUGGGAUCUGCUCCAACGGUUCAUUGAAUCCGACGUCUUCAAUUCAAACCCCUUCCUCUCCGUCUCCUACUUAGAACGAUAUGCAGACCAUAUCGGUAUCCAUUAUGUCCUCUGCAACAAGCUGCGGCAGUUUCCCUAUGAAGAUAUAGAAUUCUUCCUGCCGCAGCUCUGCCAUCUCAUUGUUAGCAUCAACAAUGAGUCCAUGGCUCUUGAAGAGUUCCUGCUUGACUUGUGCGAGGAAUCCGUCACUGCUGCUUUACUGACCUUUUGGCUGUUUCAAACAUACCUCCACGAUCUGUCUUCGAAUCCGCAAUCAGCCGCCUUCCAAGUCUGCCGACGAGUGUACAACAAGGUCCAACAUAUAGUAUUUCAUCUCUCCGAGGGUGGUCGACAUGAGAAGAUCCGGCAGAAUGUCCUCCCAGUUACUGUCUUGUCGAGCUUUGUCUUGGCUAGCAUAGCCCUGCCUAUGCUUCCGAAAUGGGCUGGCCCUCUGGCUGUUGCCCAGGCUCGCAAACCACAGAUGAUUGCGGAAAUGGCCCAUGAAAGAAACGACGUCCCCAAGUCGGCGAGGCCUCCGCCCAUUGUGCUUCCCAGCGCCCCGACCAAGCUCUCUAAAGAGAAGAGAGUAUCGAGCGCGCCAGAAAAGGAACAGGUUUCUGCAAUUAGAGAUACCAGCGCUGUUACGCCGCCGCCGGCAGCCUCCAUGGCGAAGCCCAAGCCAUUGCCUACAGACACAAGGAGACCGACUGAGCUUGAGCUCAAGUCCAUUGAGGCUAGGCUGAGCUCGUCGUCGCUACCAUUGCCCUCGACGAAACUUCCAGCAACAAAAUCGGCAUCUGACGUCUCUAGCGACUCGAACUCGAACCGUAACCGCAGCGAUAGUAUUUAUAGACGACACUCACAUCAUGCCAAAGGCACCAAGGCUGUUGCUGAUAUGACACCGACCCAAAAGACACGCCUCCUUCGCCAACAUUAUUUCCGAUCUCAGACGCAAUUCUUGACCGCGCUGGAGGGCAUCUCUAACAGGCUCGUCAUUGUUCCCAAACAGGCCCGCAUGAGCGCCCUACGUGCAGAGCUUGCUCUUAUUUCCAGGGAUUUGCCAGCUGAAGUCGAUAUACCUGUAAUUUGCCCGCCUACACUGACCGACGGUGUGCCCAGCAAGAGCCGCCAUCACCGUAUUGUGCGAUUGAACCCCGCCGAAUCGACAGUUCUAAAUAGUGCCGAAAAGGUGCCAUAUCUCAUGAUGGUGGAGGUGCUUCGUGACGACUUUACUUUUGACCCCACUAGCGCGGACAACCAACGGCUGCUCGCAACUUUGACUGGAGGAAGCUCAGGCUCCAACCGUAGACUCUUUGAACUCUCAUCCGCCGAUACCCCCAGGACUGCAACUGCAACACCAACGCAGGAACCAGCCGUGGAUAGCGUUUUUGAGCCGACGUCUGGAGACUUGGGAAGUUCGCCAUUAAUUAAAUCAUUCGAUGAUGAACCGCAGUCUCGACCGACGUCGAAACAGCUUCAUCAGUAUGCAUCGCAACGUCAGUCCAGCGGAGCUACAACAUCGUCAACUACACUGGAUGGCGUGACACCUCGAACAUCAGAAGCCUCCCAAUCGAUACCCAAUAGCCCGAGGACGAACAACGCCCUGCAACCACAGCGCAAUGCGACGGCUGACCCCGACUUCCAAGCAUUGGCUACGCAUAUGAGAACGGCCUCGUCUAUGCUGGCGCAGCUCGAUGCCACAAGCGGCAAGCGACCCCGCCAAGAGGUGGCAGCUAUCCGAGCCAAGAUUAUCGCCAGCAUGCAGAGCCUUGAAGAGCAGAGCUUCGACAUGGAGGAGCCAACAUUUGACACGAUCAUGGCCAAGGCUAGCACCGCGGCCAGCCCAGGCCCAAACAACCCAGACUUGGAAGAGGGUGCAGCGAUUGACCCUAACAUCAAUGCCAGCGCCGGCCGCGAAAGAAUGGAAAACGACUUCAAGACUGGUGGUGUGCAGCGCCGUGGUGACCGAGAUGACCCUAGCGCCGCUGUCUUUGGUGAAGCCUGGGAGGCUAAGAAGGAGCGUGUCCGUAAGUCGUCGCCGUACGGCUGGAUGAAGAACUGGGAUCUUGUCAGUGUUAUUGUCAAGACUGGUGCCGAUUUGCGCCAAGAAGCCUUUGCUUGCCAGUUGAUUAGUGUAUGCCAUAAGAUUUGGGUCGACGCAGGUAUUAAUGUUUGGGUGAAGCUGAUGCGCAUUCUGGUGACGGGCGAGUCGUCUGGCCUGAUUGAGACCAUCACAAAUGGUGUAUCUCUGCACUCACUUAAGCGCAGUCUGACACUUGCGUCUAUUGAGUCAGGACAGAACCCUCGAGGUCGUAUUGCUACGCUCAAGGAUCACUUUGCCAAGGCCUUUGGCGCUGCAGAUAGCCCGCCCUACCGAGCUGGUGUGGACGCCUUUAAGCGAUCCCUAGCUGCAUACAGCAUGAUCUCGUAUGUUCUGCAGCUCAAGGAUCGCCACAACGGCAACGUCCUCAUCGACAGCGAAGGCCACAUCAUCCACAUUGACUUUGGCUUUAUGCUGUCCAACUCUCCCGGCUCUGUUGGCUUCGAAGCCGCCCCGUUCAAGCUCACUCACGAGUACGUCGACGUGCUUGGCGGCGUCGGCUCGCAAGACUACGAAGACUACAAGAAGCUCUGCAAGCAGGCUUUCCAAGCUCUCCGCCGCUCAGCAGACAACAUCAUCGAUCUGGUGGCCAUGAUGGGCCGCGAGUCCAAGAUGCCCUGCUACAACUCGGGCGUGGCACAGGCCACGAGCGCCCUCCGCCAGCGGUUCCAGCUGCACCUGAGUGCCGACGAGGCCGAGGCGUUUGUUGAGAACGAUCUGAUUGCCAAGUCCUUUGGCAGUUACUACACACGACUUUAUGAUACAUUCCAGUACCGCACGCAAGGUAUAUACUAAAAGAAGACCAAAAAAGAGAAGAGAUCAUCGUCGACGACCCUUGGACAUUACGUGGUCAGCAGACGUGAUGUGUCGAAUUGCAUUACUCAGAAGAAAGACUCUACUUUGAAGAAAAAGGAAGGGAAUUUUUAUACUUUUUUUUUUUUGUUUUUUUGUUUUUUGCUUUUACGCAUGGGGGAUACUUACACCCGACGAUAUAGAGCAAUUGUUUUAGCCAAACCAUUGCUUGAUGCAGCCUUUGUUUUAUAUAUAAAACGCUCUUCUCAUACAUGCACAACGAAAACGUCCUCACAGUGUUAAAUGUGACAUGUACAUGUCUUUUUUGAUUAUGAUGAUGGUAAUGCUACAUCCUUCUUUUGCGGAUGAUAAAAAUGAUUUGAUACGCCGUCCAUGCUUUUACACCCCCCGCCGUCCCCUCUUCUUCUUCCUGCGCACCGUAAACGCAAGGUGUCGGCGCCUCUAGCCCCGCGCAUCGUGGUCUUGGUCACCGCCUCCGUCAUCAUCCUCGCUGCGCCGACUCUUGCGGCGCCGCUCGUCGCUCCCGGUAUCCUCGCGGCCGCGCUUGACGCCUGCUACGCUUGCGAGACCAGCCAUGCGCUGGGCUUCUUUGAGGAUGCGUUCGCGGUUGCGGGCCUCGCGCUCGAGCGUGUGAGGGUCCUUGGGCGUGUCCUUAUCGUUGUUGGUGGUAGUGUCAUCGGGGACACUAGAGUCCUUUUUGCUGUCCCGGUGCGGGCGGUCCCUAUCACGGUCACGAUCCCGGUCUCUGUCUCUGUCGCGGUGACGGUCUUUGCGAUCCCUGUCUCUGUCACGGUCCCGAUGGCGGUCGCGGUCUCUAUCGCGGUCCCGAUCUCGCCGCUUAGACGACGACUCGUGGUCUCUAUCUCGGUCGCGGUCGCGGUCACGGUCACGGUGGGAUCGGCUGGAGCGUUUGCGGUCUUCGUCGCGGUGCUUGUCCCUCCGGUCGUGGUCUCGGUCUCGACCGCGGUCUCGGCGGCUAGACUUCUUCUCGCCACUGGGCGAGGCAUCGCGGGUACUCUCGCCCGUCUUUUCGUCGCCCUCGUCUUCGUCGCGGUGCUUGCGGCUGCUUCUAUGCCGCCGGUGGUCGUCGCGCGAAGUGGAACGGUGCCGUCUGUGUCGGCGAGAGCUCUUAUGCUCUCUGCUGCGACUGCGGCUGCGACUGCGGCUGCGACUGCGGCUGCGGCUACG